UGUUUAGAAUAAUUUUUAAUUAUUAAUUUAUUCAUGAGAUAAUAUUUUUAUUUAUUGUGCUAUAAUAUUUGGUAACUCAGUCUCGUGAAAUCUUGUUUUAUUAAUGAACUAAUUAUAAACAAAUUGUUAAAUAUUAUUACAGAAUACAUUUAAAUGACUAGUAGGCUACUACCUGCUAUAGUCCACGAAGUAUUGGAUAAUUUAAGAAAAGAUUAUGAACAACGAUCUAGUAUUGAAGAACUAUUAUUAAGCUUGAACUCAGUUUUUGGUUCAACAUUGACUGAACAUGCUCUAGAAUUAAUUGAUGAUGGUAGUGUGUUUUUAAUUAAAAGUCACCAACGAUGCAUACUUCAAAUAGUUGGUUCAAGAGGUGAUAUUUAUACUAUAAUGGAAACAGCUAACUUUUGCACAUGUAAUUAUUUCAAACAUCAAGUUUUAAAAGAUAAAGCAUUGUGUUGCAAACAUUUUUUAGCUGCUAAAAUAGCAUUGAUUUUAGGAAGCUUCAAAACCAAAAAUGAGACACCUGAAGGUAUAACAUCAAUUAUGAUUUCUGCAUAUGGUAAUCAAGAAUUUUAGAUGAUUAAUUAUUACUUAUAAUGAAUAAUUUAAAAUGAAAUUAUAUUCUGUAUAUUUUUUAAUUGUGUCAUUUAGUAUUUAUGUAAUAUAGGAGAAUACAUGUCUAAUAACUUGACAUUUAAUAAAUAUUGAGAUAUUUAUAUAGGUUAUUAGUAAUUUUAUUUUUCUAAAAGUAAAUAAAAUAUGGUUCUAAAUCAAUUGUAGUUAAAUUUUUAGUAUUAUAUUUUCUGACUGAAUUUAUGCCUUGCCACUAAUAAUAACUGAACCCAGACAUUUGUAUUGACUCAAAAUUUAAUUUUUUUUUGUGGGACUGAUUUAAUAGAUUUUCCUAAAAAUGUAUGAUAAUCAUGUUUAAAUAUUCAGGUUAAAAAGGGUACAUGUAUACAUUUGUGAAAAUGCUUGAUAAGUUUAUAUAAUUUUAUUCAAAUGAUUAUACAAACMAUUAUAUAAUACGUAAAUACAAAAAAAAUAAAAAAUAAAUAUUUAUAAGACAUUUUAUUUGAUGGAAUGGUGUUAGCCUUUAUUUUUAGGAAUAUCCUAAUUUUUCCUCAAAACAUUUUAAACUUUUAUUGUCUUAUUUGUAUUCUGCUAAAAGUCUGAUGAAAAAUCCAAGAAUAAUAGUCAAAGAAAAACAUUAAUUUAUUUUUAUGAUUAUUUUAUAGGUAUGCACUAUGUAGAUACUACAGUGGCAUAAUUAUGGCGAGGGGGGAAUGUCUAGGAAAUUUAAUGAUUGUGUGGGGGUUAUAUCCCACCCUAGAAUCAAUUCCAAAUGAUGGUACUGAAGCAUUAUUAUUUUUUAUUAACACAUGUUUAAAUAUACAUAAGCGAAUAAUUAGAAUCAUUAAUCGUAUAAAAAAAGGUGGAAAAGUGGGUACCAAUCUGAUGUAAAUCAUGUUGUGUGUUUGUAAUGAAUGCUAAUAAUGUAUUACUUAGUCACUAAGUUAUUUAAUAUAAAAAAGUUGAAUUCUUUUGUUGCCUAAAAAUUGCA